AUGGAAGAACAAGAGGAGAGACUUAUUAAAAUUCCCAAAGUUGAUCUGCCAAAUGAAGUGCAUAAAUUUAACUUCUACUUGUCAAAUGUUGGCAAAGAUAAUCCUCAGGGAAGCUUUGACUGUGUCCAGCAAACGAACUCAAGUUCUGGAGCCUUGCAACUCAGUUGCCUGGGAUCUAUACAGAAUAAAAUUACAGUAUGUGCAACAAGUGAUUCCUAUCUGACGACCAGAGAGCGCGUGACCCAGGCGGAAGAAGAAUUGCGCAAUCGAAGUGCAAAGGUUAUUAAACCUGGUGGACCAUUUUUAGGAAAAAGAGUACAGGUCAGAAGAGUACCACAAAGCAUUCCAGAUGCUGUGCCCGAGAGGAAGAGGUCAACACCCAUGAACCCUGCAAAUAUAAUACGGAGGGUUCACGCACACAACGCUGUCUCUCAGCGACCGUACAGGGACAGGGUGAUUCACUUACUGGCACUGAAGAGUUACAAGAAACCAGAGUUACUUGCUCGCUUGCAGAGAGAUAGUGUCAACCAAAAGGACAAGAAUUCCCUUGGAACUAUCCUUCAGCAGGUAGCCAGCCUGAAUCCAAAGGAUAAUUCUUACACUCUGAAGGAUUAUGUAUUUAAAGAAAUUCAGAAAGAUUGGCCUGGAUACAAUGAAAUAGAUAAACAGUCAUUGGAGUUAAUACUUUCUAGGAAAUUAAAGUCAUCUCAGAAUGCCACCAGCACCAGCCAUUUGGAAUCUCCUGUAACUUCUAAUAAAGAUGCUCCAUCAACUUCUCAGAAAUGGAUUUUGAAUUCUGAUUUUAUCGAUCCUCCCAUGAACAAAAAGCAGAGGAUAUCUCACCUGACCAGUCAAGUCCAGCCGUCGUGUGGUGGCCAUUUGCCAACCUGCUGGCAGAAGGCGGCUGCCGGCCCCCCGCCGCCUCCCCCGGCCCCGGCCGCCGCUGCUCCUGCUCCCCUGCUGCUGCCUCGCACGCUCCCUCCCACCUCCAACCCUCCUCAGACCGCCACCUCCAGCUCCCCCAGCACCCCUGAGGGGCGGGGGACACAGGACCUGCCGGUGGACAGCUUCAGUCAAAACAGCAGUAGCGUCUACGAGGACCAGGAACAGAAAUAUACUUCUUGGACUCCUUCGGGAAUCCCGGCGCCCGCCGUGGUGCAGGGGGAACCUCCCGAGUCCGCAGGGCAGAAGCAUGCGGUGUUGCACAAAAAGCCCAAGGACGUCAAAGAGCAUAAGGAGAAGGACGAAAGCAAAACGCAGGAUACUACCAGUGUGAGCAAGGAGGGGAGACAUCUUAGAAAAGAAGAAACUGCCAAGGUGAAAACGUCCUCCUGUUCCGAUUCAGGUGAAGGAGUUAAAGAAACUUGCACUGCCUCUACAGAUUCUCCUUCAUCAACAAGUGAACAACCGGACUACUUCAUAAAAUACAUAGCUAUAGUCUCAUACGAGCAACGCCAGAGUUACAAGGAUGACUUCAAUGCAGAGUAUGAUGAAUACAGGAACUUGCACGCUCGGAUAGAGCACAUCACCAGGAGAUUCAUGAAGCUUGAUGCACAACGGAAGCUUCUUUCUCCGGGGUCCAAAGAAUAUCAGAUCCUUCAUGAAGAAAUCUUAGAAGAGUAUCAAAAGUUAAAACAGUCUAGCCCAAACUACUAUGAAGAGAAGUGUAGAUGCGAGUAUCUCCACAACAAGCUGUCUCAUAUUAAGAGACUAAUAGGGGAAUUUGACCAACAGCAAGCAGAGUCGUGGCACUAG